CUAUAGGAAAAUCGGUUGUUUGGUCUGAAGUGCUUCAGCAUCAUUGUCUGAUGAAUCAGUAUUAUUUCCUAAUAACUUUCUACUGUUGCGUAACUGCAAUAUGAUAUUUCGUUUCGGCAAAGUAAGAUUUCGAUAAAACCAGAAAAUAUUAAUGGAUGUUACCCAAGUGAAUGAUGAAUUAAUCAUUUUCGAGGUCUAUAAACCAACGGUUGUGGGAAUUUAUAGCUCAACAAAUAGUUAUUUGCGAGCAGUAGCAUAGGAAUUCCAAUAAGCUACCGUACCGUGGUAUACAGUCAUAUUGAUUUUUUCUGUUAACAAAUAAUUUGUACAUUAAUGCAAGGAUCAGUGCGUUUGUGUAAUUUUGAAUUAAUGUAAAAACCGACUUUACAUUUCGAUUUGUAUUUACUCACUUAUUCAGUACACUAUACUACGAAUAUGAACUGAAAGGAAAAUAAACAAAACCGGUGGUCAGUUUAUCCAGGACAGUGUGUAUUUGUAACUGGGACGGUAUAUAUACAAUACGUUUACAGACCAGCUUGUUAGAGAGCUUUGUGGAAAAGAAUCAUGUUUCAAAGGCAGAAUUCCUUGAAAAUCAACCAGGAACGUUUCCUUUGCUUGAGAGACGUCACAUCCGCCAUGCGCGAGGAGGGCAUGCGCAAGUGUGGUCUCGUAAUUGGGAUCGAUUACACCAUGAGUAACAAAGUUCAAGGGGAGAAAACUUUUGAUGGAAAAAGUUUGCACGAUAUCAGUGAAGAUUGUCUCAACCCUUAUCAGGAGGUUAUAUGUAUUCUCGGGGAAACAUUGCAGCCCCUAGACUCUGAUGGUUUGAUACCUGCUUAUGGAUUCGGUGAUUUCCAGACCAAAGGAGAUGACAUAUUUUGUCUUAAAGAUUACGGUUCAUGUGUUGGUUUCCGGGAGGUCCUUCAGACGUACAAUAAGAUAACACCAACCAUAAAGCUUUACAGACCUACCAACUUUGCACCGCUUAUCCGUAAAGCUAUUGACAUUGUAAGAUGUACCAAAAAGUAUCAUAUACUUGUGAUAGCGGCAGACGGACAAGUGAACUCCGAGGAGGAAACCAUCCAAGCAAUUGUAGAGGCGUCGAAUUAUCCGCUGUCAAUCAUCUGUGUGGGCGUGGGGGACGGACCCUGGGGUAUGAUGAAAGAAUUCGACGAAAAACUGCCAAAAAGAAACUUUGAUAAUUUCCAGUUCUUGAAUUUUUACGAAGUAAUGAGUCACGCGAGAAAUAGACAGACUGCGUUUGCGCUGCACGCGCUGAUGGAGAUACCUGACCAAUAUCAUGCCAUACAAGAACUCGGUCUACUUGAGAAGUUAGAAGAGUCGUGAUUGGCUUAUCCCAGUGAAACAUUACUUUUGAUUAGAUAUUAAACGGAAUUGUGUUCGUUUGAUCAGUAAAUGUGUACCAAAGAAGAGAGAUACAAACUUACGUAAAGCAAUUACCAGUUUUUAUUUAUUAAAUUGAUUCAUAUACAUGUAUAUCAAGACUACAGCUGUUUAAGUCGAAAAGUGAUCUUUAUUUGUAUGUGGCAUUAAUUGCAAAUAUUAGUCAGAAAUGAAACAAGUACUAAUUGCCAGGUGGCCGCUGUUCUCAGAUGGUCUGUACCACAGAUUUUACUGUAUGUUAUGAAUGAUGGCUAGUAAAAGAUAAUGAUAAAUAAAAGAAAUUUUGGUUAUAAAUCGUAUUUAUCAUCUCAUCAUUUCGGAUGAAAACGGGUAAUGCAGUAAUUUCGAAUGUAAUGGUUAAUUUUGCUCAUUAGACAGCACGGUGAGUUAAUAAUUUUUCGUUCAUGCAAGAAAUGUUGCAAUAUGUCCUGUGCUUUAUUUCGAUCAAACUUACUUAUACUCCACAUAUAUAUUUUUGGUCGUCAGUCUAGCAGAAGGAUUUAAUAUUUUCAACAUAUUAGCCCAGAACAAAUAUUCAGUGCUUAAUGUCCAACCAGAUAAGUUUUACAUAAGUAAAGGAAUUGACCGGACGUCUUUUUUUCGUUGCGCAUGUGUAAAUAGCGAUUGUAUUGUGGCAUGUUGUUUCCAUUGUCGUUUUAAUUUAAUUUAAUCUAGAGUCUAUAUGAUGUGUUUACGUUUCUGUGUGAAUGUGUGAUGUUACUUUAUUGUAAGAAACGAUGAUAAAAUCUUAAUUUGAGACGUGCCAUAAUAAAACCAACAUAGUGGCUUUGCGACCAGCAUAGAUCCAGACCAGCCUGCGCAUCCGCGCAGUCUGGUCAGGAUCCAUGCUGUUCGCUUUUAAAACCUAUUGCAAUUAGAGAAACCGUUAGCGAACAGUAUGGAUCCUGACCAGACUGCGCGGAUGCGCAGGCUGGUCUGGAUCCAUGCUGGUCGUAAAACCACUACGUUGAUUUUCUCAUGGCGCGGCUCAUUUCUUUGUCGAUACCCUAUACGCCCCAUAAAGAUACUGUCUCGGUUCUUGGGUCUCUUGUUACGCCCAGGCAAAACGGCUUAUACUAUUUUUGCCGUUUUCGUGUCAAUUACCGUUGCACAUGACAUAUUUGUGUUUUAUAUACUCAGUUCAUGUACAUUCAAGUAUAUAUUGGAAAGCCCUUGCUCAUUACUUUACAUUUGAUUUUAAAUGUUUAAAUUUAUUAGAGUUUAGUAGAGAUCUAUUUGUCAAUCUUAUUGUCUCAAGUUCUAAUUAAAUGUAUUUACAACUGUUAA